GCACUGAUGGGUGACACCGAAAGGCAGCUCAGAUGGGCACUGAUAUGUGGCAUUGAUGUGCACUGGUAGGCACUGAUAUGUGGCAUUGAUGAGGCACUGAUGGGCACUGGCAUGAAGCACUGAUGAGCACUGACACAAGGCACUGAUGGACACUGACAGGUGGCACUGCUGGGGCUACACUGAUCAUCAGGGCACACUGAUCAUCAGUGCCCUGAUGAUCACUGUCAGCGUGAUCAGUGAUCCGCUGUGUCUGAGGGACACAGCUCACUGCCGAUCGCAGCGC